UCUACACCGGACCUGUUGCAUCUGAAGGAGAGGAUAUUCAGGACACCAGUUUAUGAUUACGACUCCAAAGGCGUCCCGCGGAAGGAACAGCACGCAUGAUGCGUUUGCGGCGCUGCGGCUGUUCAAUGAAAGAAGAGACGCGCAGCACAAGAGAUGGGUACCGUUCCUGGACUUUCACCUACCCGGUCUUGGGGAAAAUGUUGUGAGUGCGCCGUGCUGGCUCUACCUGUAGUGGUGCUUUGGUUUCAGCUUGGCGCCGCUUUUAACUUGGACACGGAGAACCGCGUCGUCUUCACUGGACCCCCGGGGAGUUACUUCGGCUAUUCUGUGGAAUUUUUCAAGAACUCAUCCAGCAUCAACAUUUUGAUCGGUGCCCCGAAAGCCAACACCAGCCAGCCCAACGUCACUGAAGGAGGAGCUGUGUACAUGUGCCCGUGGAGCCAAAAUAACUGCACCAUUAUCAGCUUUGACAAGCAAGGUGACCGGUAUUUUUAUAUAAAUGACGUGAACACUCAGGUUGAGUUCAAGUCUCAUCAGUGGUUCGGAGCUACUGUGCGUGCCCAUGGUAGCAGCGUCCUGGCUUGUGCUCCCAGAUACUACUGGAGGACUGAACACGACAUACCCUUCUCCGAUGUUACAGGAACCUGCUACCUCGCUGUAGACAACCUCAAAAGAUUUGUGGAGUUUGCACCAUGCCGAACAGAAAGACAUGGACCUGCUGGACAGGGCUAUUGUCAGGGGGGAUUCAGUGCUGACUUCACCAAGGAUGGGAGGGUUGUGCUUGGAGGACCAGGCAGCUUUUACUGGCAAGGUCAGCUGAUCUCUGCCACUACAGAGGAGAUUGUUAAGGCCUACUAUCCUGCCUACUUUCUGCUGUCGGUCGCCGGGCAGAUUCAAACCCGACAGGUGCAGGGAAGCUAUGAUGACAGUUACCUGGGUUACUCUGUGGCUAGUGGCGAGUUCAGCGGGGAUGGUGAGGAAGAUUUUGUCACAGGAGUUCCAAAAGGACUCAUGCUGUAUGGUUUAGUGUCCAUAUUAAAUGGAAGUGAUCUGAAAUCUCUGCUAAACCUGACAGGGGAGCAGAUGGGGUCCUACUUUGGCUACGCAGUGGCAACCACUGACAUCAACAGCGACGGUCUGGAUGACCUGGUGGUGGGAGCGCCGCUGUUCAUGCAUCGGGGGUCUAACGGGCGUCUGGAGGAGUUGGGAAAAGUGUAUGUGUAUCUACAGAGGGGUCCUCUGGAGCUGGAACCAAGUCAGUCUCACCUCCUGGGUCUUCAGGCCUUCAGCCGGUUUGGCACCUCUCUGGCCCCGUUGGGUGACCUCAACCAAGAUGGUUUCAAUGACGUGGCUAUCGGCUGUCCGUACGGAGGAGAUGACCAGCAGGGGUCGGUUUUCAUCUACAACGGUCAUGUUGGAGGACUGAAGGACACCCCCACUCAGAUGCUCUCGGGCCAGUGGGCUUUCAGCUCUUUCCCGGCCAGUUUUGGCUUUACUGUGCGAGGCAACAGAGAUCUAGAUCAAAACGGGUACCCAGACCUGAUUGUCGGUGCUUUUGGGGUAGAUAAAGCUGUCCUCUACAGAGCUCGGCCAAUAGUGAACGCCAGCGCGUCUCUCACAGUACAGCCGACCAUGUUCAACCAGGAGGAGAAGCACUGCAUGCUGACCACAGGGAAUAAAAGUCUUUCUGUGUCUUGCGUCAGCAUCACUUUCUGCCUGCUGGCUAAUGGGAAGCACCUCCCCUCUCAUCUAGGCUUCGUGGCAGAGGUGCAGUUGGACAGUGGGAAGCAGAAGCAGAAGGAGUCUAUCAGGAGGACUCUGUUCCUGGACAGCCAGCAGCCCAGCCUAGUGAAGACCUUUAACCUCACCAACAGAAAGCCCCUGUGUCACAACAGCAAUAUCUAUCUGCGGCCUGAGGAAGAAUUUCGGGAUAAACUGUCCCCCAUUUACAUCAGCCUUAAUUUCAGUUUGGAUCCACAGGCCCCGCUAGACCAACAUGGCCUCAGACCUAUCCUCAAUUACGAGACAGAACAGCUCAUAAAGCAGAAGGCCCAGAUUCAGCUCGAUUGUGGAGAUGACAACAUCUGUGUCCCAGAUCUAAAGCUGGCUGUUUAUGGUGACAAGACAGAGGUUUACUUGGGAGGCGAAAACUCCGUGAGCCUGACCUUCAAUGCCAGGAACGAGGGAGAGGGAGGUGCGUACGAGGCUGAGCUCUAUGUGGCGCUUCCCCCAGAGGCUGACUACAGCGGGAUAGCACGCAACAACGUGAGCUUGACUCAGCUGACCUGCAGCUACGAGGCAGAAAACCAGACCCGCUAUCUCGUGUGUGAUCUGGGAAACCCCAUGAAGUCUGGUACCAGUCUGUGGGCCGGUCUUCGCUUCACCAUCCCCAGACUCAGUGAUACUUACAAUACUGUUCAGUUUGAGCUCCAGAUACGAAGUAAAAAUGCAAAUAACUCUGAGAGCGAAGUGGUGUUUUAUGAGCUGAAGGUCUCUGCCAUGGCUGACAUCAUUCUCCAGGGUGUUUCUCGGCCAGACAAAGUCAUCUUUCCUCCUCCCAACUGGACUGUGCGACAGGGUCUGGGGGAGGAGCAGGAGAUCGGCCCUGAGCUUCAGCAGGUCUUCGAGUUGGUGAAUAACGGUCCCAGUGUGGUGAGCCAGACAUCUUUAGUGGUGAAAUGUCCCCUGAAGGCUCAUGGUCACUGGCUGCUCUACCCUCUGGAGGUGGUCACUGAGGGUCCUCUCAGCUGCUUCUCCAAAACAACCUUAAAUGCACUGAAACUUAAGCUUCAGCCUGGGGCAGUAGAGGGUCCAGCAUCACUGAAGUCCAAUGUUGAGCACCGCAUCCAGAAGAGGGACGUGCACAGAGAUCCUCUGGCUGAACAAGGAAACCUGACAUGCAGUACAGUGGAGUGCUGGCAGCUGCAGUGUAAUGUGGGGCUGCUGCAGAGAGGACGAAGUGUCAUCCUGACUGUACGCUCAAGAGUCUGGGCUGAAACGUUCAUGGAGCGAGCCUAUAAGCAGUACACGCUGGAGUGCUCCGUUCACUUCAGCGUGGACAGGAUGCCGUAUUCUGUUUCUCCCACAUUAAAGCCAUCAGGAUCCAAAAAGGUGGCGACUGCUGUGAUGUGGAAUAAACCCAACAGUCAGUACUCGGUUCCUGUGUGGAUCAUCAUCCUGGCUGUUCUAGCUGGGUUGCUGUUGCUGGCCUUGCUCAUAUACUUACUUUACAAGAUGGGCUUCUUUAAAAGAUCAGACCCAUACGGUACGACCAUGGAAAAGGCCAAACUCAAACCCCAGGCGUCCUCUGAAGCUUAGAUCUGAACGGAGCCUCCACCUGCAGCUGUUCCAAAGAACUGGAAGUAUUGUCGCAUUCCCAAAAAAAUAACGGAAAUUCCUAAUUAUAAGCAGGCCACCCAUUCAUGAAGGGACAGUUAUGGGUGCUGUAUCACUGGAAGAUAAAAAUGUCUGGUGCUGCACUAAAACAUUACAGGGGUCACGCAGUUGGAUAUGCACUGCUGUUUGUUGGACAUUCCUCUGUGCAGUCAGAGACUUUUCUAGAAGCUCAUCCUGUCAUAUUAUACUCCUGCAUUGACAAUAAAGAAACAAAUGGACAUCCAACAAAAGGCACCAAAACGUCGGUAGUUCAUGAAUGCAAAAAAAGUGUGAUUCAAGCCAUGUUUGUAAGCUUGGUGUUGAUGAUUUUGAAAAUUCCUGCUUAUGAAUGAUGCCUAAACCACUUGUUAUUUAUGGCACAAUGAUUUCCUAUUGAUUGUUGAAUGUUGUACUGUACUGUCCACAGGAAGAAAAAAAUCAAAAAAGCAACGUGCCAAAUCUGCAAUGUUUAACUUGAAUUUUUCUCUCCCAUAUUGGGAGGUACUUUGUGUAUGAUGUAAUGUAUUCAUUGUGUUAUAUUGAUGUUGUGGCACAGAAUAAAGCCUAAUUUUGUAUACCC